AUGCGCAACCAAGUCAGACACAAUGGGCCGCAGGCAGCUGGCUGGCGCCCGCAGCAUGCUGAUGCACCAGAUGGCUGCCUGACACACAGCCUUGUCCGCGUCAAAUUGCGCCCUGACGCGCCUCUGAACGGCCAAAAUCAGGUCGCCAAUCAGCUUGGGGCUCGCCGUAGUGCAGACCUUGUCUAUGUGCAGCAUGCACCCCGUGCACUUGAUGGCCGCCAGCACUACGGGCCGCAACAUCGCCGGGUUGGUGAUAUCGCGCAGCAAGCACUCGAGCAGCGCCACAGCUGGCUCACUGGUCUGUGGCUCGGCGAACUUGCCCGAGAACCGGGCAACCGUGCCACAAAGCUCGUUAUAAAUUCUGGCCACCAGUGCCAUCGCCUGCUCGGUAUCGAGCUCUAUGCUCUUGAGUCUGUUCACAACCGUCGCAAACCUCACGUCAAACUCCAUCAUUAG